AGUUAAAUCGGCAGUCGACCGACGAUCCGGCCGGGGCACAGCUCGAUGAAACAUUGCUGCGAAGCGACACGCGUUCGAUGUUUUCGUGUGACGAAACGUUUGUUUCGCUCGAUCGUUGAUUCGUUUCAUUCAAAUUCAUUCGAGAAUUGAUUCGUGAAAUCGUUCGAUCGUCGAUUAAUUUCGCGCGAUUCACUCGACAAGUGAUCGUGGGAUGAUGAUCGUUCGAUCAAUAUCUUGGUGAAGAGAAGAGUGCGCUCCGAAGAAAGCCUUUCCACGAAGUGACCAAAUGAAUUAUAUCAGAUGACGAUUGAGCAACGUAGCGCUUCCGAAAGUAUCGAAUUUGUAGAGAAAAUGCCGAGGAGAAACAGCUUGCAGGAUAUGCGGAAUACUCGAAAAAUAUUAAGGAAUGAUACAUGUGCACGUGACGUUAACUCAGGAAACAAUUCUGCACUAGUGGCGAGAAAUGCGCAAACUCAGAUUGAUUUUCUCCGGUCAGCUGGUGCUGUUCAUCUUCGGACGAUGCGGUUAAUCUUUCGUAUGAAUUUCGACGAACAAAUUUCUCUGAUAACAUGAACGAUAUGGAUCAAGAGUCCUCGAUAAAACGAAAAAGAGGUCGGUGUGAGAAAAGUGAAUGUGAAUGGUGAUCAAAAAUCGUUUGUCUCUAACACAGAGAAAAAAUAUGACUUCCUCACCCUCAUCCAGCACCAGUUCCGCGUAUGCUAGUACUGACGAACAUCGUCAGUACUAUAGUAAUGAUAAACAAAAUUUCUUCGAUUCGGAUGACAUCGGAACAACUCGGCUAUUGCGCUCGUACUCACCUCAUCGUAGCAAAGCAAGAGGAUUCUUUGCGAGGCUGCGAAUUGACAAAUCCUACAUUACUACAAGAAAUAUUGUAAUAGCAGGAAUAAUAUUAACCACGUUGAUUCUUGCAAUAAUAGCAAUCUGCACUAUUUAUGGUGCCAGAGAUGUAAAAAUUCCAGAAAUACCCGAUCCGGAACUACCAUUACCCCCUUCAUGGAGUAAAUUAAAAACGUUUAAACAUGGUGCUGUUUGUGCAGAUGGUGCACCAUGUGCACUUGUGGGCAAAAUGAUUCUUUUAAAAAAUGGAUCAGCAGUGGAUGCUACUAUUUCGGCAAUGAUUUGCAAUGGUCUUGUAAAUAUGCAAAGUAUGGGCAUUGGAGGUGGAUUUUUCAUGACAAUUUACGAUAAAGCUUCUAAGCGUGCCUAUACGUUAACUGCAAGAGAUCGUGCUCCAUUAGCUGCAAAUGCUACAAUGUAUAAUGGUAAACCACAGGAAGCAUCGAUGUUUGGUCCAUUGGCUAUUGCUGUUCCUGGGGAAUUGGCAGGAUAUUGGGAGGCUCAUAAACGUUUCGGUAAAUUACCAUGGGCUGAUUUAUUCAGUCCUUCGAUCGAGAUAUGCGAAAAAGGAUAUAAUUUAACAAAAAUUCAACAUGACGGAUUCAAAUAUAACGCAAAAAAUAUUUAUAAAGAUCGUGUUCUAAAAGAAUUAUUUGUAGAUCCACAAACGAAUGAUUUUUAUUUACCGGGAACAAUUAUUAAACCAAAAAUACUUUGCAAAACUUUGCAGAUAAUUGCAAAGAAAGGGAUUUCAGAAUUUUAUAAUGGAACAUUGGGUAAAUUUUUGGUGCAAGAUUUACAAGAUAAAGGAAGCAUUAUAACAAUGAAAGAUUUAAAUAAUUAUAGAGUAACAUGGGAUGAACCUCUUGUAUCGAAUCUCACUAAUGGAAUGAAAUUAUUCACAGUCGGAUUGCCUGCGAGUGGAGCUAUUCUCACUUAUAUUUUAAAUAUCCUCGACAGGUUUAAUUUUACACGUGAUAGUAUAGCUGAUUUUAAUCGAACUACUCUUACAUAUCAUCGAAUGAUAGAAACGUUUAAAUUCGCUUACGCGUUAAGAAAUGAUAUGGGCGAUAAAGAAUUCGUCGAUAUGAAAGAAGUUAGUAAACACUACAAUUUAAUAAACAAAUAUAUUCUCUAUUAUUUCGGAGCUUAUUAUAUAUAUCACAAAUUUAGAAAUAAAAAAUGUGUAUAUUGAUAUUCUAAAAUUUUUGAAAAGAAAUACUAUUAUAUGAAAAUUUAAUAUAAAAUUAAAUUUUUAAUAUUAUUAAUA